AUGCCGAUCGGACGGCCAUCGCGAGGUGUGCCAGGCCGCGGCGUGGGUCGGUCAGCGUGGCGAGGCGGCGCCGUGGUGGCGCGCACGUCGCUGUGGGACGCGGUGCAAGGCAGCGGCAGUGGCGAGGGCGGGGGGCAGCCGUGGGGGCUGGCAGUAUCAGGGGAGGAGCCGCUGGGGUACAGCGAUGAGGAGGUCGAAGGCAUCGUGCCUCUCACUGACGACGCAGAGGCGUUUGGGCCUGAGGCGUUGUUGCUGCUUGGCUUGACACCUGACGAGAUUGAGAAGGUUCGAGCAGCGCUGGCUGAAGCAGAGGCCAGCUUCAUCUCGCUGCUAUCAGCAGACGAGUCAGUGGCGGAUAUCACUCUGUGGGACGCCAUGGAGAGGGCCGCCCAGCCCUUCCCCUCCGUGCGUGCGCCAUCUGUAGCCGCUGCCCCGCAACCACAGGCAUCUGACAGCAGCAGCGUGUGGCCGAACAACGUGGGCGAGAGGGUGUGCAUCGUGUCAGGGCUGUCAGGCAUUGAGAUCAUGGACCUGGUGGAGAUCAUCAGCAGCCUGGACAUCCCGCCCAUGGUGUAUGCAGCCAUGGUGCCCAAGUCAGCAGCCAGGCCAGUAAGGGAGGUGGUGGAGGAUCUGGUGGCUGACCACCGCCUGCUGUACAGCCAGUCGGAUCGCAUCGAUGCAAAUCCGCUCGCGGCGCCACCUAUCCGCAAAUCCGCACGCGGCGUCGCGCUACAAAUCUGCUCGCAGCGGCGCCUCGCCGCCCCACGCUACCUCCUCACGCCACCGCGAUCACGCGGGCCGCGCCACACACUGCGGGCCCUCGUGCGCCUCCCAAUAUCUUUAGUCCGCUGCCCUCUCCCAAUUUACGGCCUCCCGAUCUCCCAUUACCGCCUCCCAUUCUCCCCUUCAAACCUCCCCUUCUCCCCUUACCACCUCCCUGCAUCCACACCUCCUCUCACUGCAUCCCCAUCUCCCCUCUCUGCAUCCCCAUGUCCCCAUUAUCUCCCCAUCCAACCCCAUUCCGCCACGUCCCUACCCGCAUCGCCGCUUCCCUCCCUUCCCUGCCUUCCCUGCCUUCCCUGCCUUCCCUCCCUUUCAUCUCUUCCCUCCCAUCCUUCCCUCCCGUCCCUCCCGUCCCUCCCGUCCCUCCCGUCCCUCUCUUCCCUCCCGUCCCUCCCGUCCCUCUCUUCCCUCCCGUCCCUCCCGUCCCUCCCGUCCCUCUCUUCCCUCCCGUCCCUCUCUUCCCUCCCGUCCCUCCCUUCUCUCCCUGCGCUCCCUGCCCUCCCUUCCCUUCCUUCCCUCCCUUCUCUCCCUUCCCUCCCUUCUCUCCCUUCCCGCCCUUCUCUCCCUUCCCGCCCUUCUCUCCCUUCCCGCCCUUCUCUCCCUUCCCGCCCUUCCCUUCCUUCCCUCCCUUCUCUCCCUUCCCGCCCUUCUCUCCCUUCCCGCCCUUCCCUUCCUUCCCGCCCUUCUCUCCCUUCCCGCCCUUCUCUCCCUUCCCGCCCUUCCCUUCCUUCCCGCCCUUCUCUCCCUUCCCGCCCUUCUCUCCCUUCCCGCCCUUCUCUCCCUUCCCGCCCUUCUCUCCCUUCCCGCCCUUCAGUCCCUUCCGUGCCUACCUCCCUCUUCAACUCUCCCUUCCCUGCCUACCCUCCCUUCCCUCCAUCCCUCCCUUCCCCCCUUUCCCAUCAAUCCCUCCCUUCCCUCCCGUCUCUCCCUUCCCUCCCUGUCCCCCUUCCCUCUUUCCCUCCCUUCCCUCCCUUCUCUCCCUUCUCUCCCUUCCCUCCCCUCCCUCCUUUCCCUCCUUUCCCUCCGUUCUCUCCCGUCCCUCGCUUCCCUCCUUCCCUCCCUUCCCUGCCUUCCCUCCCUAACCUCCCUUCUCUCCCUUCCCUCCCGUCCCUCCCUUCUCUCCCUUCUCUCCCUUCUCGCCCUUCCCUCCCUAACCUCCCUCCUCCCCAUCUUCUCAACCCCUCUUCCCUUCCUUUCCCUGCAUCCCCAUCUUCCCGCCCUGCAUACCUCUCUCCCCUUCCUGCUUCCCCAUAUCCACUGCAUAUUUCCCCAUCUCCCCUCCCUGCAUCCUCCCUAAACCCUUCCUUGCUUCUCCUCACUUAUCCCCCGCCCCCUCCUGCCUCCCUUCAUUCCCCCCCCCUGCUUCCCCUCAUUUCCCCUCCUCACUGUGCCCUCCGCAGGCCUCCCUGCUCUACUAUUCUCUCUUGUUACCUUCCCUGCCGUCCCCCCAACGCUGGAAGCGAUCUCAAUGUGCUUUUCCUCACAUGCCCUCCAAAGCCUGCUUCUCCUCACUUCUCCCCCUGA